AUGGCACCACUGCCAGAACAACGACUGACUCAAUACGUAAGACCGUUCUGCUAUGUUGGGGUGGACUAUCUGGGCCCUUUGGAAGUCACUGUUGGACGACGGAAAGAAAAACGUUACGUGGUCGUCUUUACGUGCCUUGUGGUUAGAGCCGUCCAUCUGGAAAUAGCAUACGAUUUGUCCAGCGAUUCGUGCGUUAUGGCAAUCCGUCGGUUCGUUCGCAGGAGAGGGUCACCAGUACAAAUCUUCUCUGAUAACGGCAAGAAUUUUGUCGGUGCCAACCGACACUUGAUGCAGCAGAUUAGAGAGAUCAACGAUAGAUGUGCCAACACGUUCACAGAUGCUAAGACCAAGUGGUCGUUCAAUCCACCGGCGAGCCCACACAUGGGUGGUGUGUGGGAGCGUAUGGUACGCAGCGUGAAGGAAACCAUGAGAGCUCUCGAUGACGGUCGCAAACUAAAUGAUGAAAUCCUGGUGACUGUACUGGCCGAAACGGAGUGGUUCAUCAAUUCUAGGCCGCUUACAUACAUGCCCCAAGAAUGCGGAAAUGAUGAGGCGCUCACCCCAAAUCAUUUUAUUUUUGGGAAUACGUCCGGUUCACAUGAACCGAUCAGGAGCUGUACUGAUCUUGCAGAGGCGUUACGCAGUAGCUAUCAACGAAGUCAAUACUUGUCUGACGCUCUAUGGAAACGGUGGAUAAAGGAAUACUUUCCUACAGUGAAUCGUAGAUCGAAAUGGUUCGAAGACGUACGUCCGGUUCAAGUCGGUGAUUUGGUUUACGUUGCAGACGGUGACCGAAGGUCUUGGAUAAGAGGGAAAGUCGAAGAAGUUAUCCAAGGACGGGACGGCAGAGUGCGCCAGGCCAUCAUUCGAACAGUCAACGGAAACGGAAAGCUCAAACGUCCGGUGGUAAAAUUAGCGGUGAUCGAAGUUGGAGAUGGUGGACCCGGAAAUACUCCUAAGACGCCACAUCCGGAUCCACGGGGAGGGGGAUGUUCCGGCAUCACUGGUUCACGAACAGGUACUGAACUCGCCGAUACAAAGAAACUAGCUGUCAACGCAUAA